CUCUGGCCUGGCGGUAGAUUCUUCUGGCUGAUGCUCUGUUGUUGUGUAGCUAUCAGAAAAAAAACACCAAAUCAUGCCCGGUGAGACAGUGAGAAUAAUGUCGCUGCCGUGAAUAAAGGUGCUUAAAGUUGUGUUUUUAGCCUGAUAAAGGGGCUUAUCCCGGGGAGAGGUAGUCUGAACGGGGAUCCGUGCUGUGGUGGAGAGCCGAGGCCUUGUCGCUCGCAAAGUCCGGGAUUUCAUGUUGAAGUCGUCAGGUUUUUGGGUUAAAAUUGAGUGUUUCCACGUCGAAACAUGGACACUGACAAAUUCAACUAUGUCUACAGUUGUGACCUGGACAUCAACGUUCAACUAAAGAUAGGCAGUUUAGAGGGGAAACGAGAGCAGAAGAGCUACAAAGCCCUGCUCGAAGACCCGAUGCUGCGGUUCUCUGGCCUCUACCAGGAGAACUGCUCGGACCUCUACGUCACCUGUCAGGUGUUCGCCGAAGGAAAACCUCUCGCCCUGCCUGUUCGCACCUCGUACAAAGCCUUCAGCACACGUUGGAACUGGAACGAGUGGUUGCGGCUGCCAGUCAAGUACCCAGACCUUCCCCAAAGUGCCCAGGUUGCUCUCACAGUGUGGGACAUCUAUGGGCCCGGCAGAGCCGUUCCUGUUGGGGGAACUACUGUCACCUUGUUUGGCAAAUAUGGCAUGUUCCGGCAAGGGAUGCAUGACCUGAAAGUUUGGCCGGGUGUGGAGGGGGAUGGAGGAGAGCCCACCACCACACCAGGACGAACCAGCAGCAGCCUGACGGAGGACCAGAUGGGCAGGCUCGCCAAGCUGACGAAGGCCCAUCGACAGGGCCACAUGGUGAAGGUGGACUGGCUGGACCGUCUGACCUUCAGAGAGAUUGAGAUGAUCAACGAGAGUGAAAAACGCAGCUCUAACUUCAUGUACCUCAUGGUGGAGUUUCCCCGUGUCAAAACCAAUGACAAGGAAUACAGUAUUGUCUAUUAUGAAAAGGAUGGAGACGACGCAUCACCUGUUCUUACCAGCUGCGACAUCGUCAAAGUUCCUGACCCACAGAUGGCAAUGGAGAACCUGGUUGAGAGCAAGCACCACAAACUGGCUCGUAGCCUCCGCAGUGGGCCCUCAGAUCACGACCUGAAGCCCAACGCUGCGACACGGGACCAGCUUAAUAUCAUUGUGAGCUACCCUCCAACCAAGCAGCUGAGCUCAGAAGAACAGGACCUGGUGUGGAAGUUCAGAUACUACCUCACCACACAGGAGAAGGCCCUUACAAAGUUCCUCAAGUGUGUGAACUGGGAUCUGCCCCAGGAGGCCAAGCAGGCUCUGGAGCUGCUGGGGAAGUGGAGGCCGAUGGAUGUGGAGGACUCCCUGGAGCUGCUGUCCUCCCAGUUCACCAACCCCGAUGUUAGACGCUACGCUGUGGCCCGCCUGCAGCAGGCAGAUGAUGAGGACCUACUGAUGUAUCUUCUCCAGCUGGUCCAGGCGCUCAAGUACGAGAACUUCAGUGAUAUUCAGGGAGGCCUGGAGCCAGGCAGCAAGAGAGACAGCCAGGGACUUUCAGAUGAAUCGUCAAUGGACAGUUCCCAGGUACUAUCUGGCACAUCUGGACCUUCCACUUCCACGCAUAAAGGCAAGGACAUUGCUGACAGCGAGAGUCUAGAGCAAGACUUGUGCACAUUUCUCAUCUCCCGUGCUUGCAAGAACUCCACACUUGCCAACUAUUUGUAUUGGUAUGUGAUUGUGGAGUGUGAGGAUCAGGACACCCAGCAGAGAGAUCCUAAGACCCACGAGAUGUACCUGAACGUCAUGAGGAGGUUCAGUCAGGCUUUACUAAAGGGUGAUAAGAGCGUGAGGGUGAUGCGGUCGCUGUUGGCUUCCCAGCAGACGUUUGUAGACAGACUGGUGCAGCUGAUGAAAGCCGUGCAAAGGGAGAGCGGAAAUCGCAAGAAGAAGACGGAGCGGCUGCAGGCUCUGCUAGCUGACAACGAGAAAGUGAAUCUUUCAGAGAUCGAGCCGAUUCCUCUUCCUCUUGAGCCUCAGAUCAGAAUCAGAGGCAUCGUCCCCGAGACGGCCACACUCUUCAAGAGCGCUCUGAUGCCAGCUAAGUUGAUCUUCAAGGCUGAGGAUGGAGCCAUGUACCCAGUUAUUUUCAAACAUGGAGACGAUCUGAGGCAGGAUCAGCUCAUCCUUCAGAUCAUCUCGCUCAUGGACAAACUGUUGAGGAAAGAGAACUUGGACCUGAAGUUGACACCGUACAAAGUAUUGGCCACCAGCACCAAGCACGGUUUUAUGCAGUUUGUUCAGUCUGUUCCUGUUGCUGAAGUCCUGGCUACAGAAGGCAACAUCCAGAGCUUCUUCAGGAAGCAUGCACCGAGUGAAAAGGGGCCCUACGGCAUCAGCUCAGAGGUGAUGGACACCUACGUCAAGAGCUGCGCUGGUUACUGUGUCAUAACAUACAUCCUAGGAGUGGGAGACAGACACUUGGACAAUCUGCUACUGACAAAGACCGGAAAGCUCUUCCACAUCGACUUCGGCUACAUCCUGGGUCGAGACCCCAAACCGCUGCCUCCACCCAUGAAGCUGAGCAAAGAGAUGGUGGAGGGGAUGGGAGGCAUGCAGAGCGAGCAGUACCAGGAGUUCAGGAAGCAGUGCUACACGGCCUUCCUGCACCUCAGGAGAUACUCCAACCUGAUCCUGAAUUUGUUCUCUCUCAUGGUGGAUGCCAAUAUUCCUGAUAUCGCCUUGGAGCCUGACAAGACAGUUAAGAAGGUGCAGGACAAGUUCAGAUUGGACCUGUCGGACGAGGAGGCCGUCCAUUACAUGCAGAGUCUGAUUGAUGAGAGUGUGGGUGCUCUGUUUGCUGCUGUGGUCGAGCAGAUACACAAGUUUGCUCAGUACUGGCGCAGAUGAGCAGAACAGAGACUGCUGAGACGCCGAACUGGAUCGAACUUUUUGCAGCAGGAACAAAUGAUGGUACGGCUUUGACCCAACUGAUGCCAUGUGUGUUUGAGAGAAUGAAAGAAAGAAAGAAACCCAAUGACACUGUUUUAAAAGGCCAAGAAUGCACUGCCAACCUUUACUGCAAGAUGGUUAAACAAGGACAUGGAUGUCUUUGUUAGCUUAUGUAUAUAUAAUGUAUAUUAAUUAUUAAACGAAUGAAUGAAAUGUAUGGCCAAAUAAAGACUGUUGAUACAAGUGAAUGCACUGGCCAUUUGUGUUUUUUGGGUUUUUUUCUUCACUUGUGUAUUUUUCAUCAUUUAAGCCCGAAAUCGUGCUGCUAUGCAGUGUUCAUGACGCGCAACAUGUUUCUUAAUUGAGCAUUGCUGACCAUCUGGGGAUGGUCGUACCGUCGAUCCUGGGGGUAGAAACAAGUCAAACUCCCAGAGGUUUGGUGAGUCACAGAGCGCAUAGUGACUAAGCAUUUCCUGCCAGUCAUAGAAAGACGAGUGCUUUGAUUUAAGCAGAAACUAUACAUUUCCUUAGAUAUCUUCUUCUGAUGUGUGGGUUCUUUUUGUUCUGUGAAGUAACUCUUGUGUGUUAUAUGUAGCCACAGAUUAACUUAAAAAGAAACUCAAU